AUGGUGAAGUACGGAGCGGGGACAGCCGAGAGCAACUACCAGUGGUGGACGCACAGCGUGCAAAGCGGCACGCUGGAGCACUCCGGCGAGCAGCUCGCAGUGGAGAAGAUGGAGAAGGAUCCGUCGGCCACCAGCCGGCGCCACUACUUGCGGCUCAUGCGCAACCUCGGAAAGAAGGGUCGAUGUUCUCAAGCCUUUCAAGCAGCUGAGGAGAUGAAACACUCCGGCCUUGCCAUGGAUGUGAGCUGCUAUGCAGCUUUAGUAGAGGCCUGUCUCGUCUCCGGCCUGCUGGACCGUGCCACGGAGACUCUUCGCCAGAUGCGUCGGGACUUGGGCGCACAGUGCAGCUUGCCGGAGGAGACUCACAAUGAAUUCAUCAGUGCCUGCGGUUUCGCAGAUCAAUGGGAACGAGCAGUAGAUCUCUUGAAGGACCUGACGCUGGCGCGUCAAGUGCCGCAGAUCAGCGCCUACGUCAGCGUCGUGCGGAGCUGCUGCCGCUGCAAGCAGUUCCCAACGGCCCUGCAGUUGCUGAAAGAAAUGGAGAUGCACAGUCAAAGUCACUACCAGGCGGCGCAAGAGCUGAGAUUGGAGCUGGUGGAGGUCUUACCCAACAGCCAUUGGAAGACCUGGGAGACCAGCAGGGCUCACGAUCACCCUCUCACCACUUGGAGUCAAAACGGCCCCAGGAAAGCUGACUGA